AUGUCUUUUGAGUGUGCUGUGACCCUCCUGGUCCUGGCCCUGCUGGGGUCGGGACAGGUCCAGGGUAAGGUCUUCCUCCAGCGGGCAGGACAGGCCUUCAACAGCCGUAGCUACCAGUCCAUGCUCACGGUCACCAACGGAGAGCAGUUCGGCAACUGGACCUGGCCCGAGAUGUGCCCCGAAAACUUCUUCGCUGUGGGGUUCAGCGUCAGGGUGGAGUCGAAUCAGUACGGCGCUGACGACACGGCUCUGAACGGCGUGCGGCUCAUCUGCGCAAAAGACGACACCCGCAACUUCUUGUACACGGUGGAGUCUCACACCGGAUUCUUCGGAGACUGGUCCCCGCCUCAGUACUGUCCGAGCGGCGUGCUGACCUCCUUCCAGCUGCGUGUGGAGCCUCACCAGGACCUGUUCGGGGACGACACCGCCGUCAACAACAUCAAGUUCCGCUGCAGCAGCCACCCCAUGCUGGAGGGAGCCGGGAUGGAGUGGGGCAACUACGGCCACUGGAGCCAGGACUGCGGCCGCGGAGGCAUCUGUGGCCUGGAGACCAAGAUGGAGGAGUACCAGUGGGGGCUGGACGACUCCACGCUCAACGACGUGCGCUUCCACUGCUGCGAUAAGAGCCAGCAGUGA